CGGUCGACGACAACCUUGGCCUCUAUUUCCCCCAUAAGUUUGCUUUGAACAAAACCCUCGCCUCAGCCCCCAAAACCCCGGCCGACUAUCGUCCAGACUCAGCCACUCGCCCGGCGACGAUAAGAAGUUGAUUGUGAAGAAUGAUUGCAGCAAUAUCUUGGGUUCCUAAAGGGGCUUCAAAAGCUGUCCCUUCUGCAGCUGAUCCUCCUUCAAAAGAGGAACUUGAAGAGAUAAAGAAGAAUGUUCUUGUGGAAAAGGGUGUAGGUGUUGAAAGUGAGGAAGACGAAGAAGAUAUGAGUGUUGAUGCAUCCAAAGAGCCUGCCGAUGUUGAACAAGCAUUAGGUGCAGCUAAUGCACUUGGUAAGCUUUCCGUAAGGAAAGCUGGUGGAUCUGAGCUCCCUGACAUAACAGAUGGUCUAGAUGAAUUAAACAUGGAUGAUUAUGAUGACGAGGAUGAUGCCAUUGACAUUUUUGGUUCGGGGAUUGCUGACACUUUCUACCCAAGCAAUGAAUUAGACCCUUACAUUAAAGAUAAAGACGAUGAUGAUGAUUCAGAAGAGCUAGAAGACAUCAUUAUCAAAGCCGAAGAUGCUGUUGUAGUUUGUGCACGUAAUGAGGAUGAUAUGAGUCAUUUAGAGGUGUGGAUAAUUGAGGACCCAGAUGGUGAUUCAAACAUGUACGUUCACCAUGACAUUCUUAUCCCAGCAUUUCCUUUGUGCACGGCGUGGCUUGAUUGUCCAAUUAAAGGCGGAGAAAAAGGAAAUUUCAUAGCUGUGGGCUCGAUGGAACCAGCCAUUGAAAUAUGGGACCUUGAUAUCAUGGAUGAAGUCCAACCCUCACUUAUAUUAGGUGGUGUUGCUGAGCAGAAAAAGAAGAAAAAGAAGAACGGAAAGAAGGUCGAGAAAUCUAUCAAGUACAAAGAAGAUAGUCACACCGAUGCAGUACUUGGUCUAGCUUGGAACAAGGGCUAUAGGAAUAUUCUUGCCAGUGCUAGUGCUGACAAACUGGUGAAAAUUUGGGAUGUGGCAACUGGGAAAUGCAAGAUUACCAUGGAGCACCAUACUGAUAAGGUUCAAGCAGUUGCAUGGAAUCAUCAUGAGCAUGAAGUUCUUCUCAGUGGGUCCUUCGAUCAUUCAGUAGUCAUGAGGGACGGAAGGGUUCCUUCACAUUCAGGGUUUAAGUGGUCCGUUGGUGCUGACGUCGAAAGCUUGGCAUGGGAUCCACAUGAUCAGCACUCGUUUGUGGUGAGUCUAGAGAACGGGACCGUUGUUGGUUUUGAUAUCAGGACCGCAACAUCCAAUUCAACAGCGGAAUUAAAACCAAAUUUCACUCUCCAUGCACAUGACAAAGCUGUUUGUUCUGUUUCUUAUAACCCUGUCGUACCACAUCUUCUAGCAACCGGCUCUCAAGACAAAAUGGUCAAACUAUGGGAUUUGUCAAAUAAUCAACCUUCAUGUAUUGCCUCACAGAAUCGCAAAGCCGGAGCUGUGUUUUCCUUAUCUUUCUCGACGGAUUGUCCCUUUUUGCUGGCUCUCGGUGGCUCUAAAGGAAAUUUGGAGUUGUGGGACACAUUAACAGACGCGGCCAUUUCAAGACGAUUUGGGAAAUAUGCAGCGCAGAAGAAGGCGCCCGUUUCAACCAGCUGAGUAAAAGGCUUUUUCUUUGGGAUAAUUGUAUACAAAUUUUGGGAACAGAAAAAAAUGGCAUGAAUGGGAGCUUGUGGUUUAUAGGUUUGCUUAAAAUACAAUUAAUAUUUUGUGUUGUAACUGCAGUAGCUGGUGUUUAAAAUACAUUGUUAUGAAAUAUACAAACCGAUCUUAACGAUGA